CGGGCCCGGCCGCGGGCCGCAGAGCGUCCCCGCCCGUCCGCGCCCCGACCAGCCCGGGUCCGGACAGCCGCUCACCGGUGUCCCGAACCUGCGUCGGCCCCGGGUCCCAGCCAUGGCGCUGAGCGAGCCCAUCCUGCCGUCCUUCUCCACUUUCGCCAGUCCGUGCCGCGAGCGUGGCCUGCAGGAGCGCUGGCCGCGCGCGGAGCCCGAGGCAGGCGGCACCGACGACGAUCUCAACAGCGUGCUGGAUUUCAUCCUGUCCAUGGGGCUGGACGGCCUCGGCGCUGAGGCAGCCCCCGAGCCGCCGCCGCCGCCGCCCCCGCCGCCUGCGUUCUACUAUCCAGAGCCCAGCGCACCGCCGCCCUACAGCGCCNGGGGCUUCGGAGCGCCCGGGCCCGGCCUGCACUACGCGCCGCCCGCGCCCGCCGGCUUCGGUCUCUUCGAUGACGCGGCCGCCGCCGCCGCCGCAGCAGCUCUGGGCCUGGCGCCGCCCGCCGCCCGAGGUCUCCUCACGCCUCCCGCGUCCCCGCUGGAGCUGCUCGAAGCCAAGCCCAAGCGCGGCCGCCGUUCCUGGCCGCGCAAGCGCACCGCCACGCACACCUGCAGCUACGCGGGCUGCGGCAAAACCUACACCAAGAGCUCACACCUCAAGGCGCACUUGCGCACGCACACAGGCGAGAAGCCCUACCACUGCAACUGGGACGGCUGCGGCUGGAAGUUCGCGCGCUCCGACGAACUCACGCGCCACUACCGCAAGCACACGGGCCACCGGCCCUUCCAGUGCCACCUGUGCGACCGUGCCUUCUCGCGCUCCGACCACCUGGCGCUGCACAUGAAGCGGCACAUGUAGCCUGGACGCCCCCCGCCCACCCGCGCGCGGCCGUGGCGGGUCCCACGCGCCGGGCGCGGCCCCCUCCCAAACUGUGACUGGUAUUUAUUGGGCCCAGAGGACCGGGCUGGGCACAGCGUGGCCAUUGAGGGGGUUCCCCACCCCCCACGACGACGCCGCCGCCCCGGCCCCCCAUCAGAGACUGAAGGCCCGGUGGGAGAAGACCACGAUCCUCCUUGACGAAUUUUGUUUUCAAAAUGGUGCAAUAAUUAAGUGUCGUCUUCCCCCCCACCGGGUCUACACUAGAGGAUCGAGGCUUGAUGCCUUGUGAGAAAUACAGCCUUAAUUUGUACUGUCUUCGACAUUUUUUAUAAUAUUGUACAUAGUGACUGUGACAGAUAUUGUAUUACUGUAAAUAGGAAGACAGGUGGGCAGUUUGGCUCCCUGGUUCAUUUUUAUGAGACUUUUGCUGGUUUUUUUUUAAUUAAAAGAAACUUUUGCAUCUUUGGAAAAAUCA